ACGGACGGACGUGCCCAGACCCGGCCGGGACUUGCCCUCCAUCCCGUGCCCGGAAGAAGGCGGCCGGCUCUACCUCCCGCCAGGGAGGCGAGCAGGACAAGAAGACAGCGCGAGUGGCGGUGGCAGCCCCUGAGAGGGCUCUGGCGGCGCGCGGUGACCGGUGGCGCCCGCAGCCCCGGCCCCACUCCAGGCUCCGACGCGGCAGGGCGGUGGCGGACACGACCUCGGCCUCCCCGGGCUCGCCCCGCCGCGCCCCGGGCGCAUCUGCGCGCCUGGCCCCGCGCUCCGCGGAGAGGGCAAUGGGUCCUAGUGGGGACUGAGCGCCCCUACCUCUCUCCCCAACCCCUCCGGCUUCCCCCCCUUCAGCCUCCCCGAGGGGGAGCCGCGGUCUACGCCGCCUCUUCCCCCUCGCGUGCCCCCAGUUCCCCUUCCCUCUGUCCUCUCCCUCCUCCGGACCCAUUCGCGGGGCCACCAUGGCCGCGGCCAUCGCUAGCGGCUUGAUCCGCCAGAAGCGGCAGGCGCGGGAGCAGCAUUGGGACCGGCCGUCUGCCAGCAGGAGGCGGAGCAGCCCCAGCAAGAACCGCGGGCUCUGCAACGGCAACCUGGUGGAUAUCUUCUCUAAAGUGCGCAUCUUCGGCCUCAAGAAGCGCAGGUUGCGGCGCCAAGAUCCCCAGCUCAAGGGUAUAGUGACCAGGUUAUAUUGCAGGCAAGGCUACUACUUGCAAAUGCACCCCGAUGGAGCUCUCGAUGGAACCAAGGACGACAGCACUAAUUCUACACUGUUCAACCUCAUCCCAGUGGGACUGCGCGUUGUUGCCAUCCAGGGCGUGAAGACAGGGUUGUAUAUAGCCAUGAAUGGAGAAGGUUACCUCUACCCAUCAGAACUUUUUACCCCCGAAUGCAAGUUUAAAGAAUCUGUUUUUGAAAACUAUUAUGUAAUCUACUCAUCUAUGCUGUACAGACAACAGGAAUCUGGCAGAGCCUGGUUUUUGGGUUUGAAUAAAGAAGGGCAAGUUAUGAAAGGAAACAGAGUAAAGAAAACCAAACCAGCAGCUCAUUUUCUACCCAAGCCAUUGGAAGUUGCCAUGUACCGAGAACCAUCUUUGCAUGACGUUGGAGAAACGGUCCCGAAGGCCGGGGUGACGCCGAGUAAAAGCACAAGUGCGUCUGCAAUAAUGAAUGGAGGCAAACCAGUCAACAAAAGUAAGACGACAUAGCCAGAUCCUCACAGGUGUUGUGACUUACUCGUCCCGAGCACAGUUGAGUGAUUUAUCCUUGCCAGACAUUCCUGCUCCGUGGCUGAGGAGCAGCUGGAAGUAAGCAGAUGCUUGCUCUUUGCUGUCUCGAACUUCUUGGUUGCAAGUGGAUAAAUCUCAACCUGUUGCACCCCCCACAACAAGAAGACACCUGGAUAACCAGCUAAACUCAGACCAUGGAAUGCCCUACCAGAUAUGGAAUGCCUUUUUAAUAUCUUUUCUGUGACCGUGACACUUCAUGUGAAUGACAUACUUCACAAGUACACUCGAUACUUUGCCUGCUGACAGCUACCCAUAAUCCUUUUUGAGUCCUGUUUCAGCAAGAUCCAUGUGUUUAAGUUCAAUUUUGUAGCACACAAAUACUAUUGAGUAAUUUCUAGUUAGACGCUGUAAACCUGUGCUAUUAUGGAUUUCUCUUCUUCCCGUUUUUACAGGGCUGCUCGCUCCACUGUCUGUGAUAUUUUGCAGGGAUUGUGUUUCUCUGAAUCGUAAAGGUUGUGGUUGGCUUGGUUUGGAGAGCGAUCAGGGAAUCAGGAAGUCUUCUCAACCUAUUAUUACAAAUUGCAUCUAUAAAGAUUAUGAGUGUUGUCUCCGGAUCCCUCUAUCGAUUAAACACACAUAUAUGCUCUAUCCAGUAGCAGAUCCUGUGCUCCUGAGGUGGCCAGGGUGAGAAAUGGGUCAAACACAGUCCAUGGGAAGCUCUCUACAAUAUGUGUUUGACAUUCCCCUAUAGUUUCUUUGUGUGUGUGUGUGUUUUCUACAUAAUCACAAGCUUACUGGUAAUGGUAACAUUUGCCUUGCCCAGCGAGCAAGACCCACUGGUUUUUGAGAAAGUGGGUCCAAAGAACUCUGUAGGCCUUGUAGGCCUGAUUAAGGUUCAUUUUUCAUCUACUAAUCCUCAUUAUUUGGAAAAAAAGAAAAAAAAAAAGGAAAAAUCAAUAAGUACAACGUACAAGAAUUGCGCUACCUAAAUCCAUUUCAGAUAUAAUCCUUCCUGUUUUUAAUGAACCGAACUUAAUGCCAUCCCCAGUUUUGGCUGCAUUCCACUCAUACUCGGCAGAGCAUGGGCAAGGCGCCUGUUGUGUUCUCUUCUGCAGCAGCAAUGCAAACGUUAGUUAUAAAUUAGACUUUAAUAUUUUUGGUGUUUAAUGACAAGUUUUUAAACUGGACAUAUUAGGAAAAAAUAUUUUUUUUAGCUCAGCAUGCUGAGUCAGGUACUGUGUUUUCACCAGUCCAUACCUCUAACUCAGCUUCUCGGGGCCCAGGCUGCCCAACGGCUGGGGUAGAGGUGCCUUGCCAUCAUCUCAGAAUGCAGUCUGUUGAAUUCUUCUAGAUAAAAUUAAAGGCAAACCAACACAUUCAAACAUCAGGUUUUUGGUCCAUUCAAUUGAUUUGCUUUUGUUUUAUUUUGCUUUCUUAAUUUCCUUUUGAAUAACUCUGAGCUUAGGGAAGACAACUACUAAGAAAGGCCAUGAACAGUUGACUAGGCAGUGAAGAAACCAUGCAAAAUGUUCAAUGUUGGAUAUAAAGAGUUUCAAGAUGUUUAAUACUGAACUGUUUGGAAAUAUAUUUGUUAACUCUGUGUACUUAAUAAAAUUCAAUGUUUUAUCCACAGAAGAGUUAAUUGAGACCAAACUGAACCUCAUUUAUAGAAAGCUAUAUGUGAGAUCAAUGUACUGGCCUCUUGUUCUUAUUUCCAUGUGGAAGGGCUCCCUGUCUUCCCCCACCUGCACUGUGUUUACUGGGAAAUUAUUUUGUCAUUGCUUUCCUAAGUCUACAUGACAGCCCCUGCCCAGCAUUUAAAAAUUUUGGCCUGCUUAGCUGAUUAAAGAUUUAGUAUAAAUUUAACUGUUUAUGCUUUUCAUAUCAGAUUCCAUUUUAAUAAAUAAAAAGUUAGCAUACUGUUUGAGUAGUUUUAUUGUUGA